AAGCUUUCGCUUUCUCUUCCAAGAGCGCACUUAAUUUUAGUGACGACUUCUGCAUUCAAGUUUGAGGUCUGUUUGUCUACAUUUUUUUUUUUAUGAACUGCAUUAUAUUAUCAGGCUAAAUCAUUAUGAAAUUAAUGUUACAAGCUUAAGCAGCAUCAGAAUGAAGUAUUGAUACAUAGUUUUUUUUUCCGCUUGCGAGGUGGAAACGUGAUUACACUGUGCUCGAGCCACUUUGCACAUGCAUCUCAGACGUUUGGAAAGUGAAGAUUUGUUCCUGUGAGACCCCAGUGUGUGUUGAAGAUGGAAGCUAAGAUGCACAUGAAAGAGUGGCUAAUAGAUCAGAUAGAGAGUGGGAAAUAUGAAGGACUGGGCUGGGAAGAUGAGGACAAAUCUAUGUUCAGGAUUCCGUGGAAGCACGCAGCCAAGAAGGACUACAAGCAGACGGAAGACGCAGCUCUCUUCAAGGCAUGGGCUGUAUACAAGGGCAAGUACAGGGAGGGGAGGGAUAAAGCUGACCCCACCAUGUGGAAGACCCGCCUCCGCUGUGCACUCAACAAGAGCACAGACUUCAGGGAGGUCCCUGAACGCAACCAGCUGGACAUCACUGAACCCUAUAAAGUCUACCUUAUCCAGCAUGACAAUGGGCCAUCCAGGCCAGCAGAGUCUCCCAAGAUAAUUGAUCAAGUGAUCAACCAGGCUAAGAGUUCUCCAAGGACCCCGGGACUUCUGGACAAACAGCUUCCUUGUCAAAAGGAAUCAUUUUACGCAAGUAAAGAAGAAGUAAAACCACUGACUGAUGAUCUGAUGAGGGAGCACAUGUAUUGUGAGCUCACAGGGGCAAAAACUCUAAAUCAGAGACCUGCUCCUGCAAUCUUCCUCAUCCCUACACUCACUAUAUCAGACCUUCGUAUGCAGGUGACGUUGCUGUACCAGGGCCAGAGGGUUAUGAAUGUGACCACCAGGAGCCCAGAUGGGUGCUUCAUCCUGCAGGGCCGCAUCCCCUUGGGAAAUUCCCAGAUCUACGGGACUUGCACUGCCCAGCAGCUCUGCUUCCCUUCCCCAGGCUCUGUAUCUCUGCCAUCAUGCAUGGCUGAAGCAAUGAACCGCCUUCUUUGUCAUCUGGAGAGGGGUGUGCUAUUAUGGGUGGCCCCAGAUGGGGUGUUCAUCAAGCGAUUCUGCCAGGGCAGGGUGUACUGGAGUGGUCCCAUGGCCCAACACACUGAUCGGCCCAACAAACUUGAGCGAGAAAAGACCUUCAAAUUGCUCGAUAUACCCACCUUCCUUAAUGAGCUCCAGAAGUGUUUACAGGGGAAGGGACCUUCACCUUCUUAUGAGAUUGAGCUCUGCUUCGGAGAGGAGUACCCAGACCCCAACAUACCUAAAACCAGGAAGCUGAUUAUGGUGCAGGUGGUGCCCCUGUUUGCAGCGGAACUGCUGCAGAGGUUCAACUUGGUAAAGGUCGAGGAGACGCGGCGAUUCUCACCUCCAACACAGAGGAAGAGAAUAUGUAAGAGGACAGGGGGAGCUACCAGGCCCCAGGGUAGUGAUGAACAAUAUACAAGUGAAUUACUGAGCCUUUAUUCCUUCCCUGUCAUCAUCAUGAAAGACAUCCUAAGAGCAGAGGAAACAAUACAGAGUAUCGUAUGAAGAAACGACGGAGGGGUUGCAUCGUAGAUCUGUUCGCAAUGCAUAAAAGGAAAUUCUUUAUUAUUCUUUAUUUUUGACCGUAUAUGUAUUUGUAUUAUGUUCACCAUGCAGCUAGACUGGCAAGAGUUAUCAGCUGUUUUUAAAGCAAACAAGUGACAUGUUUAACCCAAUUAAACAUGCUGGUAACAUUUUAUUAAUGAAAGAAAAUUGCCUGUAUUUGUUGUUAACCUCAUAUUCAGCAUCUGUAUUAAAUGAUAAUUUAAGUGUAUAGUAUUAUACAACACAUGCAGAGAAUAAAUUCACACCUUUAAUUAAA